AAAGAUCCUUCAAAUCCAAGAUACUGUGCUAACCUAGUAAAAUAUCGACAGAGAUUCUUUCUUUCAGAAUAUAUUUAAUAUAAAAUAAGUUUAAUGGAAUUGUGUUUUGAUAAUGUAAUAUGAUUAUGUGAAAAUGAUUAUUUAAUAUUAUUAGAGAGUGACACUCAUGAGUAAUUGUCGAAAUGUAUCAUAGAAAAUCGAAAUCAGGUUAUGAUUUCGUGGAGGUAUCUUUAAAUAUGCUCAAUUGAAUGCAUCACAUUGAUUCUUUAUUCUUGUGUACCUUAUAUUUUCAACAACAGCAACAUGACUUAGCUUAAUAAUUAAUAAGGAAAAUUGUAUAAGUGUAAAUCUAUAGAUUUACAAAAAGUAGUUCUACUUAGAGGUAUCUAUAUCCGUCAAAAAUGAAAAUAUGAGUAAUAAUUGUAAAAAAGAAGACAUAGGCCUUAAAAAAAAAUAUGUCUUCUUUAACGACCCAGAUAUUAUUGUUAAGCGUGCAGAGAGUUUGGUUAAUACACAACUUAGAUCACAUCUUGGAUUAAAGAAACAGCAAGUAGAUGAUAGUAAGGUAGAUUUGAAAGAAAAGACCAAUGAUAUACCACAGCUUGAUUUUAAAAAUGUAGAAAAUUUGUUGUCUUUUCAUCCUGUACAACCAUAUCCGUUUACAUUUAUUAGUGCAGUAAAGCGAAAACUUUCUCUCGGCGAUCAUCCCGAUACGCAGAAAAAAUUAUAUGACUCUGGUAAUAGAACAGAAGCUGAAGUAUAUUCGAGGGAAUUAAAAUUUAGCAGUAAUCAUAAUUUAUAUCAAGCAAUGCAAAAUAUGGCUUUUAGAGAGCCAUUAAAAGUACCAGAUUUAAAAAUGUCCACGAAGACAUUAGAUUAUUCUUCUAAAGACAAUCCUAAUUCAAAAGAUGUUGCUGGAAUAAAAUUGGCUGUAUCUUCUAAUGAUUUUGUGCCUGAAAGAUCGGAAAAAACAUCGAGAGAAAGAGUACAAAGGAAAUUAGAUUUUUCUGAGGGGCCAUCUGUAGUUGCUUGUGAAAACAUCGAACCUUUAAAAGCACCAAAUGUUUCAAUAGCAUCUAGUUUCUCUAAAAAGAAAGAGCACGUUAGAGAAAGUUCUAGGGAAAAGGAAAAUAGAUCAAAAAGAAUAAGAAAGGAUGAUUCUUUGUAUACAAAAAGUGAUGAAAUAUUGUAUUCUUCAUCGGAUUUUAGUAAAAGAUCUAAAAGUCCAAGACACGUUUCCAGAAAGGAUAUUACAGACAAUACAAGUGGUUCUAUAUCGGUAGGGAGAAUUAAAACUGAUCGUUUGCCUUUAUUUUUACCAAGGGAAAGUGAUUUUGUAUUGACAAAGCCAAAAACAAAAAAUUUUGCAACUUCUACGGCUAGAAAGGAUAAUGAUAAAAAACAUAGGUGUUCCAAUGUACAAUCUGCAAAAUUAAGAGACACUUCUUUAGAAUGUAAAAAUAAGACGGGUUGUAAUGAAUCGCAUUCUCAAAAAAAUAUUAUAAAAGAUACGGCUAGAAGCAUGGUAUUUGAUAGUAUAGAAUAUAAAUGCAAAGAAGAUUUGCAACCAUUGAAACAAACUGAUGAGCACAAAUAUAAAUCGGAUAAUAAACAAGUGAAACAACAAAAUAAAGUGUUAAAUCAGUCUUUUAACAAACAACAAGGAGGUAUAGGAUUUAAAGAGCAUAAUAAGAGAAUAUAUGAUAAAAGUAAGACAUCUAUAAAUAGAAUUGAAGGAAAACAUUAUGUUACAUAUUCAGAUACUUCUGGUGAUAUUGAGAUUGUAUCUGACUCCAAUACCAGUUUAAAAAAACGUAGCAGCACCUGUUCCGCAGUUUUUACCCAACAGUCACAGAGUAAAGAUAUUGAUAAAUCUCAAACAAUGCAAAGUUUACAUUCUAAAAAAUCAGGGAAAGAUAAUGAGAAUUCAAAUUAUAUUGAAAAUUCUUCUUUAGAAUGUACAGACGUAAGCAGUAAUAAAAAUGAACCUUUUUCUCAAGAUGUUAAUUUAUCUAAUAAACUUCAAAGUAGUAAUAAUGAUUUAACUGAUUUGAAUGAAAGCUCAUUACCAGAAGCUUUGUUAGAUCCAAGAAGGAUAUCUUUUAGAGAUGAAAAUUAUACGCAAGAGGAAUUUCGCGAUUUAAUUACACCCGAUAUGAAUCUUAUAUUUCGAUCGAAAAGAAAAAAACAAAUGGCACAGAGUAAUAAUGAUACCAAUAUUGAUUGUGGAAAAACUUCGAAAUAUAAAACAACUACGAAACCAGAAACAAUGCAACAUGGAAUACAGCUUCUUCAUCCGACGGCUUUGCAUAUGCAGUUUCAAGCAGAGUUACAUCUAUUAGAUUCAAUGAAUGAAUCACUUAGGCAAGUUAUGGAUGUGGAGAAAAGUUUUUAUAAUGUAAAAAAUGAACAAGAAAAGGAAUUAAUACAGAAACAAAAUCAGGUCACUGAUGAAUUGAUAUUACACUUGGACGAUAUAGGAAAAAGUGGUACAAUAGAUAAGGAAAAUACGGAUAAAGUAGUAUCACAAAUUAAUGACAAUACAGGGAUAGAUAAAGUUGUUACUGACAAACGAAUGACGAAUAAAAUUGAUGAAGCUUCUUUCAUUGAUGAACAAUCGUUCAUGAAGAAAGAGGAAACAGAUGAACAGAAUAAUAAUUUAAGGAAAAGAACUAAAUCGGUCAUUGAAGUAGCAGAAGUUCAGACUCAAACAGUUAAUGAUAUUGGAACUCAAACCGACAUAUAUCCAGGACGACGUAAUUUAUCUAAUAGAUUUUUGGAAAUUCAUGAAAAUGCACAUGGACAGGAAUUAUCUUUAGAAGAUUGUGAAAUUCCAUUACUUUCUUUAGGCUCUAGAGAUCAAUUUGAAGAUUUGGAUCAGCUAGAAGAUCUUUCAUUGCCUAGUAAAGUAAGAACAAUGUCGGAGAUCAGUUUACAUGAAACUACAUCUUCUAUAAAAACAGAAACUGGUACAGAAAUUAGUAUUUCUACGAGAGAUGUAACUUGUUCUUUUAACAAAUAUUUAGAUUUAGAGAUAGCUCAAUUGAUAAAAGAUGAAAAACAAAGAUAUGACAAGAUAGAAAUGUUGUUCAAGUCGCGUGAAAAAACAUUACACGAUAGGACAAAGAAAUUAGUAAAAUUGGAAGAACAAAAAAGAGCAUUGAGAGAUACUGGCCAAGAUAGUCGUAUUAGUUCGGUUAAGAAGAAGCAAAGGGCCUUAUUAUUAAAAUUACAACAGGAGAAAGAUGAAAUGAAUAGAUUGAAAGAACUUCAUAAAAUUGCGAGCCAAGAGCGUAAAUUAAUGUUACAAAAGCAAAGGAACAUGUUUAAUCCUCAAAUGUCUACGAAAAAUAUUUUAACGAAAUUAAAAAGAAGUGCUGAUAGUCAAUCUCCACGUAGAUUAUCUGGCCCAAUGAAAGGCUACGAUAUCCGGAGUAACAGUUCAAUGAGUUCUUUAGUAGACUCUGAUAAAUCUCAACAUGAUAAAUCACAAAUAGAUUCGAAAAUACAAUUGACGGAAAAUGAUUUGCAAUUUCAGAAAGUGGGUUUAUCAAGUGCUGAAAAAAUUGCAAACUUAGUCGACGAAUCUAAUAUUUCAUUAUUAAAAUAUGAUAAAUUAAACGACACCAUGGAAGAUUUAAAAUCACAAAACAAAUAUAUUCUUAAUUCUCAGAAGGGUAGUAAUAAUAAAUUAAAGUACGAGUUGAGGUCUCGUAAGUUUGAAGAAAAAAUGCCUAAAGCAGAUAUUAUAAAAUUAAGAUCCCAUCAGCUUGAUGUUGAAUCGAAAUUAAUGCAAGGACAUUGUGUGAAUGUAGCUGGGCAUGUACAUGAGAAACAAAAGACUAUUAGUUUACAAUCAUUACAAGAUUUAGAUAAUACAAUUACAGAAUAUAUUAAGUCAGAAUCUGAUACUUUAGUAGACGAAUUAUCAAAAAAAUCUAAGUCAUCGCAAGUUGACUUUCGAAGUGUGAUAUCGUCAAAAGAUAAAGAACCAUUUUCCAGGGAUACAGCGGUAAAUACUGAAACGAUACAAGAACAAAUAACUUCCAUUGAUCAAGAUGCUUUGUCAAAGACAUCAAAGUCUUCUCAAGUUUCCGAAGAUACCUUUCAAACUCAUUCAAGAAAUUCAACUAAAACGGAUAAAUCAAUUUCUAGUGAUAAAGAAAUUACAAAAAAAUUUCAACAAAAUUCUGAAUUUAAAGCAAGCACUAAACGGAAAAAUUCUAAAUGUCAAAGAACAAGAUCAUCAUCUACCAUAUUAACGGAAAAUAUAUUAAGAUCAAAGUCAAGUUCUCAAAUAGAAGAAUUUACAAAACACCAUAACAAACGUACAAAAAUAGAAAAUGAAUUCAUUCAAUCGGAUAGAAAUGACGAAGGUUCUAUUUUAGAUGAGCUUGAUCUUAGCACUGAUCAGACUAUUAAUCAGAAUGCUAUUGAAGUUUUAAUCAGGCAAUCAAAUGCUAUGAAAGACAAAAAUUCCAAAUUAUUUGCAGAUAUAAUAGAUGAAAGCAAAGAAAAUAUUUCGGUACAAAAUGUUUUUGAAAGAAGCCUUGAAAAUUAUAAUGAAAACAAUUAUCCUUCCAAGGAUAAAGGAAAGAGUACACAAAAUUGUGGUGAUAUAUCUGCUAGAUCUCAGCUUGGUACAUUUGCUAUUUCAAAUCAUAAUUCUUUAGAUAAUGAGAAAGAGUAUACUAGAUCAAUAGUUAUCAGAUCACAGAAUCAUGAUUAUAAAACUUCAAAAAAGCUCGAACAAAUUUUAAAUGCACGAGAAGCAGCACUUGUAUCGCGUAGAAAUUGUGUGGAAGAGUGGAUGGCAUGGGAUGCACGAUUAAGAGCAGAAGAAGAACGUGUUGCACGGAUGGAACAAGCUGCAUAUAAACUUGUCACUGCAACUUCUGCUUUAUCUCAUCAAGAUUCUACACUCUCAUCUGAUACAAGUGAUGUGGAAGGAAGAAUAGAAUUAUUAACAGAAAAAUUAGCGGAGCGUAGAAUAGAAAUGUCACGUUUAAAAAAAGAAGCUAGGAAACAAACGAAACAAAAGCUAAAAGCAUUAGAGGCAAAUUUGUUAAAUCAAAUUAAGAAAUAUGAUACGACUAUUCAUGAAAUGCGAAAGAAAUUGGAGUCUAGAAAGGAAGCUGUGAAGGAUAGUGACAAAUUGGCUAUAGAGUCUAAAUCAUUGGCAGAAUUUAAAGUACCUGAUAUUCCGCUUAAGAGAAUACAAGAAAUUUAUAAAAAUAGUGAUCUGUUACGUUCGAGAUCAGAAUCUGAUUUAUUAUCAACAAAAAUUCAACAAAAAGGCAUUGUUAAAAAUAUUCAAGCUUUGAUAUAUGAAAGUAAAUGUGAAGGAACAAAAUUUUCAAAGUCAUCGCAAAUAAUUAAAAGGGACAAUGUGCUGGAAUCAUCAAAUGCUAAAAAACAAGAUAUUCAUUAUAACGUUCAGUCCAUAUUUGCAGAUUUGAAAGAUAGAGAAUAUGAAAAACUCAGGUCUAUUUCAAUGUCAUCAACUUCUGAUGAUGAUCAAGGCGAUAAAGCUACACAUUAUAAUACCACAUUUCAUUCUAGUGGAACUCAAACUAAUCACACACUUGUUUCCGUACCAGAACAAUUUACAGUUGCAAUAUCAUCUGACAAUAAUUCAAAAGAUAUUCCAAGUGAAGUUAGCGUAGUAAAUACUGAUACAGAUAUUCUUACAGCAUCUGAAUUAAAACCAUCCAAGAGUAAUAGGAGCGAUCAACUUGCAAUAACAGAACCAAAAUCAGAUUUAAUUGAUGUUGAACAAGUGCCUUUAAAAAGUCUUAUGUCACAGUCCAACACAAUAGAAACAUCAAAAACGGAGAAUUUAAAGCUUAUUUCAAAUAAAUCAGAAUCAUAUAUUCAAAACUCCAAUAAGGAACUUUCGUCUACUAAUAACGAUAGUGGAACGCUUACUUAUUCUAAAAAAUUACACUUUUUACAACUAAAUAAUAAAAAUCUAAAUGAAGAUAUUAAUUGCCUUGAAAAUGAGCUUAAAGCUCUAUCAGAAAUGAUGUCACGAAUUAGUAGUUUAUCCACCGAAAAGCAUGAUAAUGAAGAAAAAAGUACCUUAAAAGAUAUAUCAGAAGUGUUUUCAAAAUCUGAGCUGAUUGACAAUAACACAUCAAUUUCUAAUAAAGAUAUAAAUAAAACUAUUCAGUCGGAUAUUACAGAAACAGAAAUUCCCAUUAAAACUGAUAUUAAUUCUGAUAUCUCAAGUUAUUCAGCAAGCAUUAUGAAAUUGAAAUCGGGCAGUGAGUCUACAGAUUUAGUGAAAAAUGUAAGUCACGUUAUGUCUGAAUUAAUUCCAGAAGGGGAAACAUUAUUUUCAGAAUCAAAUCAAGAAAUAGAUUAUAAAGCGGAAAGUAAGAAGAUAUUAAAUGAAAUCGAAAAAUCAAUUAUAUCCGAACAUGCAAAGAUACUUGAAGGUGAUACUAAUUCUUCAAGUAUACCAUUGGAGACAAGUACGCAAAAGAUACAAAAAUUAAACAAAGAUUUUCCAUAUUAUUUAUCUACUUCAGUUACCGAGAAAAAAUCAGAAUCACCGAUACCCAUAGAGGAAAAUAAAAAUCUUAAACGCCCAAAGAAUACAUCUGAAUCGUCUUUGAAUAAAAAAAUAACUGAUGAACAGCAUGUAGCAGACGAAUCUCAACUUUUAAUAGAGGAAUCAUAUGGGGAAAAAUUGUCUGAAAAUGUAGAAACAAUUCCGACGAAUAUAUCGGAACAAUGUUCGAUAUAUGAGGACGAUAGUUCGAAAAAAGACAAUGACGUAAUGAUUAACAAAAGUAUAUUACAUUUUGAAGAUAUUUCACAAUUUAAAAAUACUGACGAUACUUUGCAAAUUGAAAAUAUAUCUUCUUCUGAAAAUAAUGAAAUACAUUUGUCUUCAAGAGACUUUUCUAAUGGAGAAGAAAUAAAUACGGGUCAAUAUUAUAAUUCUAAUAAUAAAGAUGAAGAUAAUAUAAUUUCACAAAAUGCAAAUACAUUGUCUAUAAAUUUAAGUAAACGUGACUUCAAUGUAGAAGAAAAUGAAUCAGAAGUUAUUUCCACUGAAAAAAUGUCUGUAGAUAAAGACGACUGGACUAUAUCUGAUUCAUUUAAUAUUUGCAAUGACGAAAUAGAAAAUGAAUGGGAAAAAGCAGAGAAUCGUGAAGUAGAAUCACAGAUUCACGUUAGUUCAGAAAAUAAAAAUAUAUCGCAAGUAGAAAACGUUGCUGUCAUUCAAGAUUUUACAGAAAAUUUAUCAGUUACUAUAGAAGAUGAGUCUAUGCUUUUACCGAGGGCAGAAUCUACAAAUAUUGAUCCUCUUAAUUUAAAGAUUAAUGAAACGGACAAUGAAAAAACUACUGAUGAGCUUGAUGACAUAUUAGAUAUAAUAGCCAGAGAAAAUGAUAAAGAGUAUGAUAAUGAAGGUAGGCAAUAUAUAGGAACAGGUAAUAAAACCGAUGAAAAUUUGGACAAUAUAAAAUCUAUUAAAGCAUCUAUCUUGGAGAAAGAAAAUGAAAAUAAUGAAUCAAAUGAAAUUAAUAUUCAAACAAAGAUAAUCUUAGAUACAGAUAAUAUGGAUCUUACAAUAGACAGUCCAUUUCCGUCUAUUACAUGCGAUUCUACGCUCGAUGAUAAAUUACAAAUUCACAAAUUCUCAACAAAUGAUAAUAAUAAAAAUAAUAUUACUCCAUUAUAUAUGGAAUACAAUAAAAAUCAUAUUAACGGAGUUAAUGACGCAUUAGAUCCAUCCAAUAAAUUAGAUGAUGUGUCCGUGGUAAAUAUAAAAUUAAACGUAGAAAUAGAAGAAAAAGAUAUUGUCCAAAAAGAAAUAGUUCAAUCUCAAGAAAUAAUAAUCAACAAGCUGGAUUCAGAAUCUAAAGAAGAUAUAUUACCGCAAUUAGAAAUUAGCACUAAGAUCGAAUUAUCCCAUGAAGAACUAAUUGAUAAAAGUAUUACGCACAGUGAUAAUAAGGAAUCUCAUGUAAUUUAUCUUCCUGUUACGGAAGAAGAAAGUACACAUCCAAUAGGAAUGAAGGAAGAAGGAUAUUUGGAAUCAUUACCAGAACCAGAUAGUUCUGAUGGUGAACAACUUGAUAAUUUAAUUGAAGUAGCGGAAAGUGGAUUAGAUGUAAUAGAAAAGCAUCCUGAAUCAUUAGAAAUACAUUCUAACAAGAGUGAUAAUUUAUCAGAAAAUAAAGAGGACGAUAUUGAAAUAAAUGAUAUACAUGAAAAUAAAGAUCUUUCGAUUGAUUGUCAAUCUACAGAGAAACAUAAUACAGCUACAACGAAUGCUACCGAUAUUAUAAUUAAAGUACCAUUUGAAAUAUUAAGAGAUCCCGAAUAUGAAGAUAUCUCUGAGGAAAGUCUUGAAGUAUCGGAAAUUCUUGAUAAAACGGAAAGUCAAAAAACGCAAGGUUCACAAAAAGGAACGAUCGUGUCAGAAAAUUAUCAAGCGGUACAUAAAACUGAAGUAUUAAGGAUAUUGGAUGAAAUUACACAAAAAUCAUUGCCGGAGUUGGUGAAAACUUCACAAGAAGACAAAAAAGAUGUGCAAACAGUUGAAACAAUAUCCGCUAAAGCGUUAAUUCAUACAUCCGCGUUAGUUAAUGAAAAUCAAGUAAUACAAAUAGAUCAAUCAAUUGAUCAAAAUAUUGAGAUUAUAAAGGAUACGGUAUCAGAUAAUUCCAAAUUGACAGAAAUUGAAACUGAAGAAGUUUCUACAGAACUGAAUGAUCUAUUAUCACAGUCAGAUGGAAAACACGUUAAAACAAUAACUGACGUAGAACAGAGCGCUAUACAAAAACAUGAAGAUGUAUCGUCUGAUUCUAGCGAGGGUGGUGAUACACCUGCAGGUGUAUCAGAGAUCGAAAUAGAUUCUCCAAGAGAUUUAAGUAACUCCAGAUUGAAUAUCGAUGCCUUGGACGAUGAUCUACUUAGUAAUACGAAUAUGGGGAAACAGGAUGAAUCAAAAACGGAUUUUCAUGCAACAGCUAUCGUUACGACGUCGGAAAAAGAUAUCGAAGCUAUGAUCGAUAAAAUAAAAGCUUCGUUGAAGCAGCCUGGCUUAGAAGUUGCCGAUUUGGAAGCUAAGCUACUUCGAAUACAACAACUUCAAAUUGAAUUAGAGAUCAAAAAAUUGGAAGCUGAAGAGGUAUACUACGUUAGAGAAAUACCAAAUAAACCUCCACCGCCGUAUACACCUCCAGGAGAUAAUCGAAUUUCCAUAGCUAUUGCCUCACCUUCUCCGCCUCCUGCAGUAAUACCUUCGAAUAUAGAAGAAUUGACAGCUUUUACAGAAAAGGCUACGGCUUUAAUAUACAAAGCUAAACAAUCUGGUCAAGAUAUUAUGAAUUUAGAAGCACCACCGGAAAUUUGUGAAUUAACGAAAGAAAGUAACGAGAUCGCGAAAAAAGAUAGAAAGAUUUAUAAUACAUUCCUUUUUGAUUUAUGUAAAGAAACUAUUUCGGAAGUUUAUCAAGCGGAAUACGAGAAACCUGGUCCAAGUUGGACAAAACCAAAUGUAAAGACAAAGCCAGCUAUAAAAAUUCCAAAGACCGUAGAAGAGCUUCAUGAAUAUGUUAGUAAGGAAGUAGCGACAUUAUUUGGAUUCAAAACAAAAUUACAAAGGGAGAAUAUGGUAAUGCGUUGGAGUAGAAAACGUAGAGAUAGAGUCGAUGAAUUAUUAGCGAGAGAGGCCCAGGCCGAAGAAGACGAAUGGACUAAGUUUCAUCACGAUGAAUUGGCAGUGAAAAAUGGACUCACGGUGGCCAUAUUAGAAACAUUGAUUAUGGAGACUACAAGUGUGGUUAAAGUGGCACAUGCAAAAAAAAGAAAGGUGAUGAUAUAGCUACUAUAGCUUUAGUUGAUCAAAUUAUUACUCGAAUUCAUUUUUAAAAAAAUGCGAACAUAUGCCGUAUAUGUUCUCGUGCAGUUCUUUUUUUUUUUUUUUUUUUUUUUUUUUUUAUUUUAUACUGCGUUGAAUAUUUAGCAUUAUUGAUUAUCACUCAAUCGUUUACGAUUAGGACAGAUUUUCUUUUUUUGUUGUUGAUUAGUGACCACAUAAUGCACAGGCUGGUUCCUAUUUAUUUGUAGACAGUUUACUUUUUUUUUUUGUUUUUUUUUGUUCUUUUUUUUUUUUUGAUAGAGAAAGGGCACAUACAAAUAAAUAACAGAAUUUACAGUGAGACUGAAAUGAUGCGUGCGUGUGAAGAAUGGUGGUAACGUAAGGAAAAAGCAGGCAUUGACAACAAAGGUGCUCAAAAAGUCUCUUGAGAAUCAAAUGCCCUAAGUCUAUUUUAAUUCAUUUCACACAAUUAGAAUAAUAAGUAAGGUAUAUCAUAUAAAAAUAUUAUUAUAUAAUCAAUGCAUAGAUUGCGGUCCGUUGUUGUGUAGAUGGGUAUAUACCGUAGUAUAUUUGAUUUUCGUACUUGUUUUCGUUAAAAUAAUAAUAGUUAUUAACUUUGUAACAACGUAGAAUAUUAUGUACGACUGAACCUCGACGAAAAAAUGUCAAACAAUGUAAAUAAUUCAUAUCUCAAUGGAAAGACAAUGUAGUUUUCCUUAGAAAAGUUAGAAUAUAUUUCAGUUUUCUAUUUGCUUAUUGUCGGAAGAAAAAGUUACGCAGAUCAUAUGACGGAGAUUUCAUAAUAGAUAUUAUUAUUUAAUUAUUAAUAUUUAUGUGUAUUUCAAAUUACUGAGACCAUGGGCUGCUCGCUAUAUGUAGCAUCGAUUAUACAAUAGAAGCUUUUAACUGGACACAAACAUAGAGCAAAUAUUUAUACGAUGUUCCAUGUUGAGCUUCUAAUUAAUGGAACUAACAAAAUUCAAAUUAAAAGACUGAUAUUUUGGGGCCAGUUUAUCAAAAUUUGUGAAUUUGCGAAAUUUAUAUGUAGAUGAUGAAGGUACGUUGGAUAUCGAGUACUAAUUGGUGCUUUAGAGGUUUUCCGUGUUAAAUGUUGACAACGAUAAGUAGCCUUUCGAGUAAAUCCCUUUAACUUAGGCCCCUUUCCAAGAGAAAAAAAAAGGAUGAAAGUAAGAAGGAUAGAAAACGACAUAAAUGUUACGUUUGUUUUUACUGAUCACUUUAAUUUGCUAAUUGUUACUUUAUCUGUAAAUUGUAUAUGUUUUAAGUUUAUAUGUAUAUAUAUAUAUAUAUAUAUAUACACACACACAUAUACGUACAUAUAUAUGUAUAUAUAUAUAUAUAUAUAUACACACACGUUAAGUCGAGUAGACGCAAAUGCGAUGACUUAAUUUUUACGUUUGUGGUUGUGAUUUAAACUUAAAGUAGAGCGCAAUGUAUGAAAGAUCUUUAGUAAGCACUCGAAAGUUUACAUCAGUUUGAUUUCUUUUUUUAUUAUUUUACAAUUUUUAUAUUAUUUGUGUUAUAUAAGAAUGAGAUGAAAUGACGAUGUUUUGUUAAUGUUCAAACUUAAAUUAAGAUUUUUAACAAUAAUUUACUAUCAAAGUUCUUGUCCUUUCAUUUAUUUUCAAGAACGAUCUUUUUUUUUUCUUUUUUCUUUUCUUUUCUUUUCUUUUCUUUUUUCUUUUUUUUUUUUUUUUUCUUUUCAAUAUCUAUAAGUUGUUAUAACAAGAUUUUUCGUUCAUUAACGAAUAUCACCGUGAAUUUGAUUGUGUACGUAGUUGUUACGAUUAGAAGUUGUUCACGUACGUAGAGUUGGAUAUGUACUUAACCAAUCCAUAAUAUAUUUUAUAAUAAAUUUUGUCCAAAUAA